AAAGGGGGUAAUGUAGCAUGAAAACAACUAGCUAGCUACUCAGCUAUUGCUUGCAGUUAAAACAAAAAGCACAAUUUUUUGCAGUUUGAUAAGAUGCAUUUUAUUCAGUAACAUUUUUGCCCAAAAAUAAAUGAUCCUGCUCACCUCUAGCUUGGCCUAAAAUAUAAAAUGCUAAACUAUCAUGCUAAUACUGAAAAGGAACAUAGUGUACCAACACUGGUUGCUAGGACAUCUUUGGGAUUGUGUUGUGUUUUUAAACUUGUAGAUUCCAGACGACUGGUUAAUCUAAACUGAAGAUAGUAUGUUGUUUUUUAAUGUUGUAUCUGGUGUGCACAAGUAUAGAAUCUUUUAGGGGUGCGAGACUGCUUUCAGUGUUGCGCUGUGUUUGUUGGAAAGACCUCGUGUUAGGACGCACGUUCUGCAGACACAUGUCAGUUUGGGGCGUCUCUGCAUCGCGAGAAAUCUUUGGCAAAUCAUCUUACUGGUCUAGCAAAACCCGAGGGCUCUGUGUUUAUAACUGCCCUACUAAACUAAUAAACAAAAGAAAAUGGACUGGCAUGUGGAAACAAAGGUAACCAGUAAUAUGAAAACAAGUCUGAGGCGGCUGGUACUGGUUUAAGUGGAUCAAGGGGUGAGGCUCUUGCUAGCUGCAUGGUGAGAUUGGAGACAUGCAUGCAAAAGAUAAGCUAUCUAAAGUUUCAAUGACCUUUUUUUUAACUACUCCACCUAGACUUACCCUGCUAAGUUCAGUGACAGACUCCAGAAAACGAUUAGUUUUCUGUUCCACACUCUCUUCCUCUUAAUUUGUUUUGGCACUAAUUGAAGCAUCCAAGGAGAAGGUAUCGCUCACCUUUCUGACAUAACAGGAUUCUAACCUAGUCACAAGCCUGGUGUGGGCAGGAUGGGGGAGCGGACUGUUUGCAGCCCUGUGGCUGCGAUCUCUCCAGUGCAGCAGAUGCUGGCCUCUGGCACUGGAGCCCUCCUCACAUCUCUAUUUGUCACACCGCUGGACGUUGUGAAGAUAAGGCUGCAGGCUCAGCAGAGACCAUUCCACCACGCUUUAGCCAGUGACUCUGCUCCAUGGGGUGCUGUUGGACGCUCUUCCAAGUGGAAGUGCUUUCUGUAUUGCAAUGGGCUGAUGGAUCACAUCUACGUUUGCCAGAAUGGAACCAGUUGCACCAGCUGGUAUAAAAAACCAACUCAUUUUAGUGGGACUCUUGAUGCUUUUGUGAAAAUAACACGCCAUGAAGGAGUCCGGUCUCUGUGGAGUGGGCUGCCACCAACACUGGUCAUGGCAGUGCCAGCCACAAUCAUCUACUUCACCUGCUAUGACCAGCUGCGGGAUGUUCUGAGGUUUGGUCUGGGUCUUCAGGGCAGCCAUGUCCCUCUUCUUGCUGGGGGUCUUGCCAGAUUGGGAGCUGUGACAGUGAUCAGUCCUCUGGAGCUGGUCCGGACCAAGAUGCAGUCCAGACAGUUGUCCUACAGCGAGCUGCGGAUGUGUAUCCGCACUUCUGUGGCCCAGGGCGGCCUGCUGUCGCUGUGGAGGGGCUGGGGACCCACUGUUCUCAGGGAUGUACCCUUUUCUGCUUUGUACUGGUUUAACUAUGAGCUGGUGAAGGUCCAGCUAUGUGAACAGUAUCAAAUGCCUCAGGCCAACUUUUCCAUCAGCUUUACUGCAGGAGCCAUCUCUGGAGCUAUUGCUGCAAUCCUGACGCUGCCGUUCGAUGUUGUAAAGACGCGGAGGCAGAUCCAGCUUGGAGAGCUGGAUACACUGGGAGAUUCUCUGAAGAAGACCACAUCCACCUGGCACAUAAUGAAGGAAAUUUGGGCUGAGAUGGGCUACAAGGGCCUUUUUGCAGGUUUCAUGCCCCGGGUCAUCAAAGUUGCCCCAGCCUGUGCCGUCAUGAUAAGCAGCUAUGAGUUUGGGAAGGCUUUCUUCCAAAAGAUAAACCUUGAUAAACAGCAUCUGGUAACCUGAAGGCUGCUGCUGUUUGUUGUCAACGUGAUAAACAUUCAGGUUUUUAUUGCCAGGACAGUUGGGAGGAACAGGCUGGCCUGGAUGUAGGAUUUCAAGGACAAACAAUGAGGAUUUGCACUCUUUUCAGGCAUGCAUCUCGCUGCAGAUUUGUUGUCAUGAAGUGGCAACAAGAAAGACUUGAGACACCUACAGACUUGGCCACUAAAAGAAUCUUUUACAAGUCUGAAGACUGAAGGACCACAGACUUUGUGUGCUUAUUUGAAGAGCUCUGUCGUGAUUUAAAAACAGAAAUUUGUGCUUGAAAGAAGGAUUUUGUAUUGAAUUAUUAAAAAAAUGCUGGAAUAUGUCAGCCUGACCGCAGUCGUCCUUGAUGCAACCCUGAUCCCACUCAUCCACUGUUUAUCUGUACUGUAGCAUGAAUGGAAAGCAUCUACUCCCAUUGCCUGACAAACUGCAUGGUGGUAUUGUGUGUCAGCCCUUUUCAGUACAGACUUCAUACAUACUGCUGCCUGCCUCCCUGCAGAACCUACAGUCCUGUAGCAGUAAGACAAAUUAGGGUGAUUAUCUGCUAUGUAGAUGGUUUUCAAAUCUGUUUUGUAUGCUGGAAAAAUGGAUUUAAAGCUCAUUUUUACAGUUUUUUUUUACAGUUUACAAGAGCUGUUAAAUUACAUCCAGUACAAUAAUAUGUUUUAGUUUGUUUAUGCAUCUGCUCUGUUCUUGUAGCUCUAAGAAAGACAAUGAAUAUGACCUGUAAUGGGGUGAAAACAUAUGAUCUGCCCUUUCUGGACUUUACACUGUGUUCAUUUGUGCAUGUUGAUGCUAUAUUAAUAUAAUUUUCUUUAAAAAGUAUAAGUUGCCAAGAGCUUGCGGGUAAUGGUUAAUGAAGGGCACAGAGGUGGUCCUAAGAAUAUUACCUGAUUAAAUUCUGGUGAUUUAAAAUGUUUUCAUUCUCUCAAUCCACAGAUAAUAGAUAAAACUUUCAAACACUGGAUCAAAGUCAUUUCUGCCUUAAUUUCAAAGCUGUGACUCUGUUCUUUCAGUUUUAUGUCAAUAAAAUUGUACACAACGUGA